UGUGUGUGUGUGUCUGUGUGUGUGUGACCUUUUGACCUAUGUUUGGGUGGGCUGACAGUUUAUUUUUACAAGGUCUGUCAACACCUUAAUAGCUCCUCCCCUCAGCAUCAUCUCACAUUUAUAGAUUAAUCUCUAUCGUUUUCAUAGAGCAGGAAUAGUUUUUUUUUUCAUUUUUAAAUAAAGAUUUUCUUUUAAUUUAAAUUUGUAAAUGAAACAUAAAAUUUGUCCUCGAAAACUAAAAGAUAAGGUCUUUAAUCUCCACAUAAAGCAGAGGUGACUGUAGACAGAAACUGUAACAUCACUCCCGUCAUAUUCAGUUAAUCAUUGUCAAAGGAUGAGGAAGUGUUCCAUUGUUGUAUAGAUCAGACAAGGUUCCUCGUCAUCUCUUGUUUUCAAACGCCGGACGCCGUGGCUGCUGCUGCUCGACAGACAGACUCAGGGGAAGCUGCAGGUGUUUGUUCACCAUGUAACUCAGGUGAGAAAGAACACCAGGAAGAAACAAAACCGGUGCUUUGUGGAAACAGGAAGCCGGACAAGCAGAACUGUUGCCUGAGGCUGUUUUGAGUUCCUAAUGCCAUCAGUUUUUACCAGGCCAAAGACUAUCCGGGUGGACUGGCGCCUUGACUUACUAUGACCUACUUGGCCCACACGGCCCACGUCCAGUUUGUCGCCCUGUGGUCGGCGUUUAUUGGCUGGACGCUCACCGCCGUGGCUCUUGGACUUAUCCAGUGGAGGGUGUGGCUCGUCCCCAGUAGUGAUGUGAUCACGUCGGGGGUGGUCUGGGUGGGACUCUGGAGGACCUGUUUCCACAGCCACACUGAAGUGACUGAUGGCUGGGCGAUCAUGAAGUGCAACUCCAUAAGGUUGACUGAAGCCUUCACGCCUCCAGAGGUAGCAGCGGGUCAGGUCCUCAUGCUCCUGUCCCUGCUGGUGGGACUUUGUGGGAACGCGGGCGGAGUUUAUGCCAUGAGGAACGCUUACUUCGGGACGAAUGAAUACUCCUGUGUUCGUCUGGGUUUUGUCGUCACCGGAGCCUUCUGUUUGCUGGCCGCCACGACGUCACUGAUUCCUCUGUUGUGGAAUCUGAGCUCUGUGGUGGCCAACCAGACCAUCCACUUCCCACCGGAGUUCAGACUGCCUCAGGCGCCGGAGUCGCAACACGUGGGCUGCGGGAUUUGGAUUGGGAUGGUAGGCGCAGCCCUGACGGCUGUGUCAGGGAUCGUCUUCAGUUCCUACAGGGUGGCGGGGAGGUUUCAGCAUCAGAUUCAGCCUUCUCUGAGGGAGCAGCUGCAGCAGGACUCUUCUGCACCUUCCACGAUGGACUACAGUGGGGUCGGCGUCAGGGGGCUGGACAACCCUGGAUUUGAAUUUGACGAUCACCUGUAAAAAAGCAGGUUCUUCUGCUUUGAACUCUUUGGUCACUUUUGUAAACAUUUUCUCAAAGGUGUGCUCUGCAGACUGCAAACUUCACCAAUAAACGGGUAAUCUAGUUCCAGACUGUCU